UACUCGAAGCCCAGCAUGACCCUGGAGCCUAACAAGGACCUGCAGCCCGGGGACACGGUGACCAUCACGUGCUCCAGCUACCGAGGCUACCCUGAGGCUGAGGUGUUCUGGCAGGAUGGGCAGGGUGCGCCCCUGACUGGCAACGUGACCACGUCGCAGAUGGCCAAUGAGCAGGGCUUGUUUGAUGUGCAUAGCGUCCUGCGGGUGGUGCUGGGUGCAAAUGGCACCUACAGCUGCCUGGUGCGCAACCCCGUGCUGCAGCAGGACGCACACGGCUCCAUCACCAUCACACCCCAGAGAAGCCCCACAGGAGCCGUGGAGGUCCAGGUCCCUGAGGACCCGGUGGUAGCCCUGGUGGGCACCGAUGCCACCCUGCGCUGCUCCUUCUCCCCCGAGCCUGGCUUUAGCCUGGCACAGCUCAACCUCAUCUGGCAGCUGACAGAUACCAAACAGCUGGUGCACAGUUUCACCGAGGGCCGGGACCAGGGCAGCGCCUAUGCCAACCGCACGGCACUCUUCCUGGACCUGCUGGCACAGGGCAACGCAUCCUUGAGGCUGCAGCGCGUGCGUGUGGCAGACGAGGGCAGCUUCACCUGCUUCGUGAGCAUCCGGGAUUUUGGCAGCGCUGCUGUCAGCCUGCAGGUGGCCG